AUGAUGCCGCUAGAAGCCAAAGGUUGCCAGAGACGAGCAGCAGACCCUCACGAGAAGAGAAUGGCAUGGGACAGGUGCUGUCCCCUACAAGACAAAGAGGACCCUAAAAGAGUGUCUGGAAGGCAAUCUGCUCCUGGGGGUGGCAACAAGGUUCCACAGAGAAAGGUGGAACUUGAUGAGGAUGAUGAUGAGGAUGAUGAGGAUGAUGAGGAUGAUGAGGAUGAUGAGGAUGAUGAGGAUGAUGACGACGAUGAUUUUGAUGAUGAGGAAGCUGAAGAAAAGGUUCCAGUUAGAAAAUCUGUGCGAGAUACCCCAGCCAAAGGUGCAUGGAAAUCAAACCAGGGUGGAGAAGACUUAAAACCAUCGAUGCCAGGGUGGAAGGGUCAAGAGUCCUUCAAAAAACAGGAAAAAAACCCUGGAACACCAAGGGGACCUAGUUCUGUGGAGGACAUUGGGGCAGGAAUGCAGGCAAGUACAGAGGGAGGUGGCUCUCUUCCCAAAGUGGAAGCCAAGUUCAUUAAUUUUGUGAAGAGUUGCUUCCGGAUGACGGACCAGGAGGCUGUUCAGGAUCUCUGGCAGUGGAGGAGGUCUCUUUGA